CGCGCUCUGGCGUCCAACCUGCUGCUGCCGCGGCCCGGCCGAGCCGAGCGAGCGAGCGCUGCGCGCAGGGCACACGCUCGCGCUCCAGCUCCCUUCCCGGGCGGUUCAUGACCGCGCGCUCUGAGCGCAGCCCCGCCAGCCCCGCCGCCCCGCCGCCCGCCGCCGCGAGGGCCCCCGAGGGAAGGAAGGCAGGAAGGCAGGCGCGGCCGUGCGCCCCGCGGAGCCCGCGCCCCCCGCCCGCAGCCGGCUGCCCGGCCCGGCUGGCACCAUGCUGCCCGCGCGCUGCGCCCGUCUGCUCACGCCCCACUUGCUGCUCGUGUUGGUGCAGCUGUCCCCGGCUCGCGGCCACCGCACCACGGGCCCCAGGUUCCUCAUAAGUGACCGUGACCCGCAGUGCAACCUCCACUGCUCCAGGACCCAGCCCAAACCCAUCUGUGCCUCCGAUGGCAGGUCCUACGAGUCCAUGUGUGAGUACCAGCGAGCCAAGUGCAGAGACCCGACCCUGGGUGUGGUACAUCGCGGUAGAUGCAAAGACGCUGGCCAGAGCAAGUGUCGCCUGGAGCGAGCGCAGGCCCUAGAGCAAGCCAAGAAGCCCCAGGAGGCGGUGUUUGUCCCGGAGUGCAGCGAGGAUGGCUCUUUUACCCAGGUGCAGUGCCAUACUUACACAGGGUACUGCUGGUGUGUCACCCCAGAUGGGAAGCCCAUCAGUGGCUCUUCUGUGCAGAAUAAAACUCCUGUAUGUUCAGGUUCAGUCACCGACAAGCCCUUGAGCCAGGGUAACUCAGGAAGGAAAGUCUCUUUUCGAUUCUUUUUAACCCUCAAUUCAGAUGACGGGUCUAAGCCGACACCCACGAUGGAGACUCAGCCAGUAUUCGAUGGAGAUGAAAUUACGGCCCCCACUCUAUGGAUUAAGCACUUGGUAAUCAAGGACUCCAAACUGAACAACACCAAUGUAAGAAAUUCAGAGAAGGUCCAUUCGUGUGACCAGGAGAGGCAGAGUGCCCUGGAAGAGGCCAGGCAGAAUCCCCGGGAGGGCAUCGUCAUCCCUGAGUGCGCCCCCGGGGGCCUCUACAAGCCAGUGCAGUGCCACCAGUCCACUGGCUACUGCUGGUGUGUGCUAGUCGACACAGGGCGCCCGCUGCCCGGGACCUCCACACGCUACGUGAUGCCCAGCUGUGAGAGCGACGCCAGGGCCAAGAGUGCAGAGGUGGACGAUCCCUUCAAGGACAGGGAGCUGCCAGGGUGUCCAGAAGGGAAGAAAAUGGAAUUUAUCACCAGCCUCCUGGAUGCCCUCACCACCGACAUGGUGCAGGCCAUUAACUCAGCAGCGCCUACUGGAGGUGGGAGGUUUUCAGAACCAGAUCCCAGCCACACGCUGGAGGAGCGAGUGGUGCACUGGUACUUCAGCCAGUUGGACAGCAACAGCAGCAAUGACAUUAACAAGCGGGAGAUGAAGCCCUUCAAGCGUUACGUGAAGAAGAAAGCCAAGCCCAAGAAGUGUGCCCGGCGUUUCACUGACUACUGUGACCUGAACAAGGACAAGGUCAUCUCACUGCCUGAGCUGAAGGGCUGCCUGGGUGUUAGCAAAGAAGUAGGACGCCUCGUCUAAGGAGUGGAAAACCAGUGGGCAGGUGGAGAGACCAGGGAGGCAGGACGGACCAUCCAGACCAUCCGACACAUCUAACCUUCACCGAUUCCGCGACGCCCCCCUCCCCCUUCCCCGCCCGCCCCGGCCCAGCCACAUCCCAUGUAACAUAAGUGGUGCCCACCAUGUUUGCACUUUUGAUAACUCCCAUUUGCGUGUUUUCUUUUUGGUUUCAUUUUUAAAUACCAAUAUCUAAUACCACAGUGGGAAAAGGAAAGGGAAAAAGACUGUUUAUUCUCUCUCUUAUUGUACGUUUUUGGAUCUGCUACUGACAACUUUGAGGGGUUUUUUUUUUGGGUGGGGGGGGGGGAAGGUGUUUGCUGGGACUGAGAAGAAAGAGAUUUAUAUACUGUACAUAAAUAUAUAUGUAAAUUGUAUAGUUCUUUUGUACAGGUGUUGGCAUUGCUGUUUGUUUAUUCCACCCCCUUCCCUGCUCUUGCUGUGGGGCUCUGGACACACGGCCCGGCUUUCUAGAACCCAGAACUGCAUCCCCAGCCAUGCCGGAGACCGACCCCUGUGUGCAUGUAGAUGGGAGCCUUGUGAUCGUAUUGUAGACUCCAUGGGGUCUUUUCUGGUGGGAAGAGGGCACUGCCCCUUGAUUUGGCUGUCAGAUCUGGCAAGUCACUGGGAGGCUGGCCUUCUCAAGGGAGGUUGGGCUGGGGGGCAGGUGGGAGUUGCCCCUGGAGGGCAGGCAGUAGCCAGCACUGGCGUCAAUUCCCCCCUGCUCACAUGUUCCUGCUCUCCAGACCGUUGGGUGGCCCAGAAUCCAUCUGUGGGCACACCAGUAUCCUCAUGACCCACCGAGCAAAUGACCCUCAGACCAUUUGCAUGAAGCCACUUGAAACAUUUUCAUCCACGUUCAGCAUCUACUCUGUAAAGCAGGAGAGGGGAGGCAAAGAAGAAAAAGACACACAGUGGGGCCUUCUAUUUAGUCGAUUUUUGACAAUUUUAAGCAGUGAAGGGAAGAGGACAGAAGGCCCACACUGAUGAGUGCAGUGCCAGCCUCCUGCAAAUGCACGAGCGAGGCUUCCCAAGACAGACUCUCAGCAGCGAGGUCAGACUGGGGCUUCCCAUCCAUUCUCUAUCCCCCCUGCCAUCCUGUCCUCAGUGGUUACCACAAGCUGUGGGGGGGUGCCCAGAGAGCCACCUUGUUGGUAAACCCAAUGGUUUAUUUGGUUUUUAACCCAAUACUGAAGUUCUUCCUGUUUCUCAAGCUCUUCUAAGGGCUCCCAGGCUCAAGGCCAAUUCCAGAGUAAAACUAAUCUCAGGCCUCCUGCCUCUGCCUCUUGUAGAAGUGCAGGGAUAAUAGCCCAGCUAGGAGGAAAUGAGGCCUAGCUUUCUGCAGAUAUUUUACUGGGAUUCCAUUGUGGGCUGUCCAGCCUUCCUCUGGCCUGGUGGCUGCACCCAUCCAGACAGCUGUCAGAGGGCAACAAGUGACAUUUAGCCUCUCUUCCCAUGAGCGGCCAUGGUGGCCUCGAAGGAAGGCAGGUAGCCCAAGACUGAUGCCCCUGUUGGAUUGCCCCUCUCAUAUCCCAGCCAGCAUUCCCGUAAGUGUGCCCACCUCGGGGGACUGUGUACCCCAUUUUGGGUCUGGAAGGCAUUGGCAUCGUAAGCACUGGCCCACUCAAGGCCGUGCUCAGGGAGGGCCCGGAGCGGGGAGUGCACCUUCUCAAGACAUGCUCUGGUGGGGCCUCGGGCUAGAGAAGGUUCUUGCUAUCAUGGAGAAAAUCCUAGAAGGUAUCUCAGGGGUGACUGGAGGCCCCAUCCCAACAUGGUAGGGAGGAAAGGAAACCCCGCCAUCCCCCUUGGCCUGGACCAGAUGACUUGGUGUGCUGGAGCUAGAUCGACCUUCCUCAAUGCCCCGGCCCCUUUCCCGGGCCCGGAGGAAGCAUGAAAACACAGAGGGGGUGCCUCCCUGUGGAAAUUCAGAACCCACCCACCCAACCCUGCCAUCUUCUCUCUCACACACGUGUAGGCUGUGUUGUGUGGCUUUCGUUUGUGAGGAGGGAAGGAGACUAUUUGUAGCUGGUUUUAUAAAAAAAUAAAAAUGGGUAAACCUUGGUA